UGGUGGUUCCACCACAUAUGUGACUGUACUUGUUAACAAAUCUAUCCCAAAUGAAAGUCCUCUUUCAAACACCACAGAACAGAUAGGUAAACCCGACCGUUUAUACCUACAGGCGGCCUGUAAUCUAUUACAAGCAACAUUCGCCCUGUGCGUUUAAUCCGGGGCAGUCAGACAGCUAUUUCUUGGUAGGCUGUAAAUGUACUGGUCAGGACGAGUGAGGAUACGGUGUUCUCAAAACUGCCGUACACUGACGGACUCUGCACUCGCUGACAAGUUAUUACAGGUUACUCCUGACAACCUUAGGACUGGUCGGUAAACCAGGGCGGUCGCUCAAGCUGCAACACGUGACUGUGCUGUUCAUAGGCUUACAGUGUAAACAUUGCGCAAAUAUAUAACAGUUUGUGAAAUACAGAGUUGUGAUUCGUCGUGCUUAACUUCUUUUUCUGCGGUGUCGGUGAACUGACAAAACCACAGACGUACAAAAAUGUCAGUGUGUCGUGUCACAGGCGGAGUCCGAUUCGGACAGUGUAGGUCAGCGCUCCUGGUCUUCAGGCGACACAAGGCAACAGCUGCGGCUAUCCAGUCUAAAGAAGAUGGCGAGGCCGUGAAACCUUUUUCGGCACUUCCGGGACCGAGAGGUCUGCCUUUCAUCGGGACUCUGUUCCACACCUUGAGAAAUUCCUCACGACUGCAUGAAUCUAUCCAAGAUCGCCACAAGACCUAUGGACCAAUUUUCCGCGAGAAGCUCGGGGUCUUAGACGCCGUGUUCUUGAUGGACGUGGAUGCUGUGGAGUCGUUACUGAGACAGGAUGGGAAAUAUCCAUCCCGUAUGCAGGUUGACAUAUGGCACGAGUACAGGAACAUCACGGGCCUAGGAAAGGGACUGUUGUUGAACGAGGGUGAAAAAUGGCAUUCUCUGAGGCGUAUUGUGGACAGACACAUGCUGAAGACUAGAACUGUGGAGUCUUAUGCUGGGGACUUCAACACGGUGGUGGCUGAAUUCCUCGACAGACUGGACAGGAUCCUACCCGGCGAUAAAGAGAUGCCCAGCCCUGACGAGGAGCUGUUCAACUGGUCCCUGGAGUCCAUCAGCAGAAUUCUAUACGAGAAGAAACUGGGGUGUCUGUUGGAUGGGAAGAGCAAGGACGCACAAGAUUUCAUCAACAGCGCUCACGAAAUCUUUGCGACAUCCCGAACACUCGUAUUGUUCCCUCCUCAAGUUUCUAAAGUGAUCAUGCCAAAACUUUACAAGCGGCACAUGGCAUCCUGGGAAACUUCAUUCCGUGUGGCUAAAGGAGUAAUCGAUGAGACAAUUGAGAGGAUUAAGAACAAGGCUGAGAUGGAUGAAGGAGACGUUGGUUUCAUCACUCACUUCCUGAAGGAGAACAUGGACAUUGAGGACCUGUACGUCAAUGUGUGGGAGCUCAUGGCCGCCGCCGUGGAUACGACGUCAUACACAACGCUGGCCAUGCUGAACGAAAUAUCACGUUGCCCGCGUGUACAGGACGCCAUCUAUGAAGAAAUCACACGAGUUGUUCCCCCUGGCGAGCACCCCACAGCUGAUCAUCUGAAGGAGAUGCAUUACAUCAAGGCGGUCAUUAAGGAGACGCUCAGGAUGUACCCGACUGUGGGUGGUAUCUCCAGGAUUACACAGAACGACCUUGUGCUUAUGAAUUACAGUAUUCCUAAAGGGACCACUGUCUGGGUGGACCCUUACACCAUGGGACGUCUCCGAUGUCACUACGACGACCCCGACACCUUCCUCCCCUGAACGCUGGCUCAGAGCUACUAGGACGACCAAAACGCACCCUUUUGCAUGGUUGCCAUUCGGGUUUGGAGUCCGCGCAUGCGUGGGCCGACGCGUCGCUGAACUCGAGAUGCAACUCUUAGUCUCACAGUUUGUGCGCAAGUUCAAGCUGGAGGCUAUUUCUAAAGAACCAUUCCGGAUAAAAUUCGACCUACUUCUUCUGCCAAAGGAUCCU